GGUGCAUUUGUGUUUCUCGUCGCAGCAGACUUAAUAAUAUAUAGUUUACUUAUUUCGGCAACAGAAUGGAUUGGUGACCGUGACAAGUCUUAAUCACCUGUGUCAUAGGAUGGCAGAUAAAAGUACAAAGCGCAAUAUAAGUCUGGUGCUACAGUGUGAAUGGGGCUCUUGCACUCACGUAGCGUCCAGGAUGGAAGACUUUUGCACUCAUGUGUCAGAAUAUCUCCGACAGCACCAGCAUGAGGCAACGGAGGAAGCUUUGGACUGUGAAGAUGAAUACUGUUGCCUUUGGUUAGGAUGUGGAUUCUUCACACCAGACAGAGCAGAUUUUGUACGACAUGUUUACUUUCAUUGCUACCACACCAGACUGAAACAGUUUGGCCUGCAAGCCCUUCAGAGUCAACCUGACCUCAACCCCUGUCAACUGGACACUCAAACUCGCAACAUAAUCCCAGAACUACAAGAUGGCUUCAUUUGUUUAUGGGACCAAUGUGAGACUUCCUAUGACAAUGCCGAGUGGUUUUACAGACAUGUUGACACACAUGGUCUUAGUGCUGAAUAUGAGGUGGCUGGGAAAGAAAACAGAGUGAUACUCUGUGGCUGGAAAGACUGUGAUCUUUCCUGUAAAAGUCGAUGGAAGUUGCGUGAGCAUCUGCGGAGCCAUACUCAGGAGAAGGUGGUUUCCUGUCCCAACUGUGGAGGGAUGUUUGCCAACAACACAAAAUUCUAUGACCAUCUUAGAAGGCAAACCUCAUUAGAAGAACAUCGUUUCCAGUGCUCUCACUGCUCAAAGAGAUUUGCAACAGAGCGACUUCUACGGGACCACAUGCGUAAUCAUGUGAAUCAUUACAAGUGUCCAUUGUGUGACAUGACCUGCCCGCUUCCCUCCAGCCUGCGAUCCCACAUCCGCUUCCGGCACAGUGAUGAGCGUCCAUUUAAGUGCCAGCAUUGCGAAUACAGCUGUAAAAAUCUGGUGGACUUAAGGCGGCACCAAGACACACACAGCAAGAUGCCAGCAUUCUGUUGUGAGUAUGAGGAGUGCACCUUCACUGCUCGCUCUAUGGCGUCCAUUAAGGCUCAUCACAGAAAAUUUCAUGAGGGGGAUUGUGAGCCCAGAUAUAAAUGCCAUGUUUGUGAGAAAUGCUUCACUCGUGGAAACAACCUUACAGUUCAUCUACGCAAGAAACAUCAGUUUAAGUGGCCCUCAGGGCAUCCACGUUUCAGGUACAAGGAGCAUGAUGAUGGCUUCUUGCGCUUGCAGCUGGUGCGCUAUGAAAGUGUAGAACUUACUGAGCAGCUUAUGAAGGAACGUGAGAAGCAGGGUGCCCCAAUGGAUACAACCACUGCUUGUUUGGUGCUGAGCCCAGGCGGAAGCUCCGAGUCUGAUGAAGGAGUUUAUGAGAGAACUGUGACUGAGAAAGAUUGUGCUUUACUUACAGAGUGAUGGGAUCAUUUUUUCCAGGAUAAAAACUCUUUUGCAAUGUGAGAGUUAUUUGGACUUAAGUAACAAGAUUGCAGCUAAAGGUGCUCAACAUUGCACACAUUUUUUUAUGUGUUGUUUUAUAUUGAAUGCAGGCUCUUCAGUUAUUUUCAGACAAAAACUCUGCCAUCUGUGAGACAGAAUGAGAAAAACAAAUGCUAGUCCAUAAUUUUGACAUGUAUUUUCCUCCCAGCAACUCUUGGGCGUUUGUAUGUUUGAACGCCUAUUCCACUUUUCUAAGCUUCCCGUUGUCUGUUGGACCUUCCCUGUUUAUUAAGUAUGUGGAUUGUCCCUUGGGUCUGUUGGGAGAGCCAGCUUUUCAUUGUUUGGUCUGUAUUAAAUGGCCAUAGAAGGAUAAGACAGGCUUUGCUGCUUGGCAGAUUCUUCCUACACAAUCAUUAUUCUGCAAAAUCCACUGACUCCUUUGUCUUCAGAUUUAGUAUCUACCAUUUAUUGUUGCCUGUUCCAAAAUAAAUAUUUCAUGUUAAUUUAACUUUUA